UUUUCAUAGACUCGCGGGCUGUGUGAUAUAACCUUUAUGAACUUACACUGUUCGUUUUGAAAAAACAUUCCAUUUAGUUACUGUUUUGGUUAUGUUUAGUGUCACAGCAGCAUAUACUUAGCGGCGUUGAAAGUUAAUUUUUCCCUCGAUCUGUAUUAAGAUAAUUCUAUUAUAACAUGUCAUAUCGCGGUCGUGGAGGAGGAGGUGGAGACUUUCGAAAUGGACGUGGAGGUGGUUCACGCGGUGGUCGAGGAGCAGGUGGAGAUCGAAGACCAAAAUUUGCUUAUGGUCCACCAGAAGAAAUAACUUCUUUAUGUCAUUCCGAAUGGGCAGUUCAAGAUGACCUUGUAGGCAAAGUUGAUAUAGAACAUGUUCCUUACUUUAAUGCACCAAUUUAUACAGAAAACAAACAACAAAUAGGAAAGAUAGAUGAAAUAUUUGGAAAUAUUAGGGAUUUUUAUGUCUCUAUUAAAUUAUCCGAGAAUAUCAAGGCUUCAAGUUUUGAGAAAAAUACAAAGUUAUAUAUAGAUCCAGCAAAACUUUUACCCCUUGAAAGGUUUCUUCCAAAACCGCCUGGUUCAGAACGACGUGGAGGACGAAGUGGAGGUCGCGGAGGUUCAAGAGGUGGUGGUGGUGGUCGUGGCGGCGGCUUUGGGGGCUUUAGAAGUGGCGGAAAUUUCAGAGGUAGAGGCGGCGGAGGUGGAGGAUUUGGCGGCGGCGGCAGAGGAAACGGAUUUGGCGGCGGCAGAGGAAACGGUUUUGGAGGCAGAGGCGGUGGCGGUGGUGGAUUCCGAAGUGGUCGAGGAGGGUAUGGCGGUGGCGGUGGUGGCGGCGGAGGAGGAGGAGGAGGAGGAGGAGGAGGAGGAGGAGGAGGAGGAGGAGGAGGAGGAGGAGGUUUUAAAGGAAGGAGUAGAUGGUAGUGCAAAGAGACAAUUACAUUAUUAAUUAUUAUCCGAAUGUCGAAGGGACAGUAUAUUCUGAGCCAAGAUAUCAGAGAUAAAGUAUAAGACAUUGACAAACGAAAACUUGAAAUGGACGACUAAUUAAGCCUUAAAAAAAUAUAACAGCGAAGCUUAUGUAAGAUUUUGUACGUAAAUUAUAAUUCAAUAAAAAACUUUUGUUAUU